AUGCCGAAAGCAGAGGCCGGCUCGCUCAAGGCGCUGAACAACAAGAUGAAGUCCAAGGGUCUCCAACGACUGCGAUGGUACUGCCAAGUUUGCGAGAAGCAAUGCCGCGACGAGAACGGCUUCAAGAUGCACACACAGUCCGAGUCCCACGUGCGGCAGAUGAUGGUCGUGGGCGAGGAUCCCAAAAAGGUCAUCAACGAGUACAGCCGCCAGUUCCAGCGCGACUUCCUGUCCUUGCUGAAGACCGGCCACGGCGAGAAGCAGGUCAACAUCAACCACUUCUACCAGACAUACAUUGCGAACAAGGAGCACGUUCACAUGAACUCUACGAAAUGGCCCAGUUUGACCGAGUUCGCCAAGUACCUCGGCCGGGAGGGCAUCUGCAGGGUCGAGGAGAACGACAAGGGUCUUUUUGUCGCAUGGAUUGACGACUCGCCCGACGCCAUGAGGAGGCGAGAAAUCGUGCGUCGGAAGGAGAUGCAGGACAAGGGCGACGAAGAGAGGGAACAACGCAUGAUCAGGGAGCAAAUCAAGCGCGCGCAAAAGGAGGCCGACGGAAAGAAAGACGCAGAUGAUGACCUCGAAGAGUCCGAAGAGCGAGCGCUGAAGCGUGAUGAGGGCGACAAGGUCAAAUUAUCUUUUGCGGCAAAGCCUGCUGCGCAAGCAGACACGAAGCCCUUGGGUCCCCCAAAAUCCGAAGGCCCACCGCAAGACGGAGACGCCGCGAAACCCGAAGCUACGGUGGAAGCACCAUCAAAGCCCACGGCGGCUCCGGUCUCGUUGAAGAUUGGCGCAGCAAAGCCUCAACCCAAAAACGUCUUUGCCGCAGCCAAGAAGAAUGCGCUAGCCGGCGGUCCGAAAAAGGCAAAUCCUUUCCAGCAGGAGAAGAAAAUGAGCGAGGCAGAACGUAUCAUGAAAGAGGAGAUGGAACGCAACAAGAAGAGAUCAAGUUCAGGGUUCGGUGGGUUUUCCCUGAACAACAAGAAACAGAGGACGGCAUGA